AUACCACAUUUCACGUAAGGAAUUUGCUUCUUGCCUUCUUGGUUCGGCUAAUUUGGAAUCAAACUCUAGCAAGCAACAAUUUAUUUGUCUUCAUACAUAUCGAUUUUAUAUACUCCACCCUGAACUAAAUCUGCCAUGCGUUUUUCCCCCCUGUCGGUACCACAUACCAAUGGAAUUAUCCGGAUUUCUCGGUGUUUGAUCAACUGUGAAAGCACUGGAGAUUGAUAGAAAGCGCGAACAGAAGCUGUGUCCAUGGCGGAUCAGGAGGAGGUGCCGGAGGGGACGGUGGAGAACAUACUGAGCCAAGAGAGUCUCAAGUGGGUUUUCGUCGGAGGAAAAGGAGGAGUUGGCAAGACAACUUGUAGCUCCAUUCUUUCGAUCCUUCUCGCCGGCGUUCGUGGCUCCGUUCUGAUCAUCUCCACCGACCCUGCUCACAAUCUCAGUGAUGCUUUUCAACAACGGUUCACGAAGACACCCACUUUGGUUAAUGGGUUCACCAAUCUUUAUGCGUUGGAGGUGGAUCCUACUGUUGAACAAGAGGAAACGAGUUCUGAGGGAAUGGAUACUUUGUUUUCAGAGCUAGCAGGUGCUAUACCUGGAAUUGACGAGGCAAUGAGUUUUGCUGAGAUGUUGAAAUUGGUGCAAACAAUGGAUUAUUCUGUUAUAGUAUUUGAUACUGCACCCACAGGCCAUACACUCAGACUUUUGCAGUUCCCAGCAGUUUUGGAAAAGGGUAUUGCAAAAGUUUUGUCCUUGAAAAAUAAAUUUGGUGGUUUGAUUAAUCAGAUGACCCGCAUGUUUGGUGUGGAGGAUGACUUUGGUGAUGAUGCACUUCUUGUGAGGCUUGAAGGCAUGAAGGAGGUGAUUGAAACAAGUCAAUAAGCAAUUCAAGGAUCCAG